CCAUAUGCACCCUCCCCUUCUCUCUUAGGCUCAAACGAUCCUUUGGGUCGUACAUCUUCGCGAGCCCCAGUGAUCAGUUUUGGUUUUGGUGGCAAGAUGGUUACAUGCUUCCACAGCUCCCCUGACCUUAUCACUGGAUAUGAUGUUGCGCUGUCGUCUCGUCACUCGACGGAUGUGCGUGUACGUGUGUUGCACAAACUUCUCCCGGAAUUUGCGCUUGAACCUUCUGCUGCUGCUUAUCCUGGUCCUUUGUUUUCUGACCCUGGUACACCUGUCAGUAUCGUGCGCACUGGGGCGUCAUCUCAAGUGAAAACGAAGAAAGCACGCGUCGUCAAGUAUCUGGAGGAUCGGAUUGAAGAACUCACACGUGCGACGACGUAUAUGUCAGAUGGAACCGAGAAGCAGCGUACUGAAGGGAAAUUGAUUCUAGUCAAGUUGCUCAAGAUCAUGGUUGAGAACGAUGGUGCACUGUCGGGAAGCGCUCACAUUGACUCAGCUGUGAGAACGGCACUGCUUCCACGCAUUGCUGCGUCUGAGGGUGCUGACAUCUCGACACCGGGUUUUGCUUCUUGUGUACCCAAUGCCCUUGGUACGAUUCCUGGCCUCAACGGUAGUCACACUAGCACGAGUGAGACACCCAUAUCAGUUUCCAUGCUCCUUCCAUCCGCGUUAGACAAGAUACAAGAAUUCCUUGUGAGAGGCGAAAGGAGACAAGCUUAUAAUUAUGCGCUGGAUGAGAAACUGUGGGCACACGCGAUGGUCAUUGCAAGCAGCAUCGACAAGGAGGCUUGGAAGGACGUUGUCAACGAGUUCAUCAAAGGAGAAUUGGGCAUUCACGAUGCACAGCGGACGGCUUUUGUUGGACGAGGAAAGGAACAUGUACCUCCUUCCAGUAACGGAAGAGAGUGGCUUCGUGUAGUCUACAGUUUAUUCUCUGGUCAGGGACCAACUGCUGUCCAGGAACUGAUUCCCACCAAUCUGCUCGCCAGAACGGCUACAUUGCAAGUCCCUACACCGGCUGUUGUGCACACCACGCCAAUGUCGCCUAGUUUUCCUUCACCAGCAAUGGCAGCACAAAUCCCUGCCAAUGCUUUAUCGAAGUGGCCAGAACUUGUAGCAUCGAUGGUUUCCAGUCCUGUGUCCCCUGAGUGGUCCGCAGCCCUGACUGCACUGGGCGACUACCUUGUAUCACAUCAACAGGUCGAAGCUGCGCAUGUAUGUUACUUGCUCUCUCCUCAGACUUCUCCGAUAGGUGGAAUUGGGAGUCCAUCGGGUCGAAUUGUUCUUAUCGGCUCGCGGAAUCCACACGCAUGGCCCUCUUUCUAUAAAGACACUGACCCCAUCAUUCUGUCCGAAAUUGCCGAGUUUGCCUUCUCGCUGAAGAGCGUUACAAAAGGACAAGAACCAUUCCACGGGCUGCCGCAUUUACAGGCAUACAAGCUUAUCAGGGCUUCGUAUCUCGCGGAGAUUGGCGAGAUACAGGCAGCUAGCAGAUAUUGCGAGGCAAUCACCGCUGCAAUGACACAUCCAUCACACUAUCUCAAUUCCGUCCUUAUCGAGCAAUUGAAAGGGUUAGCGAAUCGCUUGAUCGGUACUCCACAGAUGGCAAAGAGCGGAUCUUGGAUAGGUGGGAAGGUGAACAAACCUAGUCUUGACAGUAUCGGCAGUUGGCUUGAGGGACGCUUGACGAAGUUCAUCGCUGGAGAAGGGGAUGAGCCUUCGCCUCCGCCGGUACCGUCAAAGAGUCAAGUGUCAUCCCUAGGACCUUUCUCUCACUUCAGCGAGAUUUCAUCAACUACAACCUCCGCAAGUCCAUCGCCUCCCCCUGGGGUGAUGAAUCCGCAUUCAAUGUCAGGUAUACCGCCUCCUCGCAGAAGCGGUUCCGCGAUGGCAGUCUCAACUUCUCACUCCCACGUGCCUAUUGAUCGCGCCUCAUCUGCCAUGGACUAUUACCACUCAACACGGCAGCCGUCACCAGCACCUCCCUUGACUGCGCCUGUGCACCCACCACGACCAGCUUACCCGUACUCCGCACAUGGCUCGGGAAUGAAUGGGCAUUCAACAACAAAUGGCUACGCCCCUGCCUAUGGUACCGAACCGUUGUCACGAAAGCCCUCUUUAGAGAUGACUGCCGAGGAGGGCUCUGAGCAACAACAGCAAGAGACAGGAUGGUGGUCUUCGCUUAACAAUUCGGACUCUGGCCCCACACCGACCACGGCCACUUUUCACUCAGUCGACCAUUUCCAGGCUUCGUCUGAUGGUUUCAUCUCCUUAAUGGACGACCCCGCGUUGGCUGUGGCUCCCAGCCCAUCCAUGCCGACUCACCAGCUGCAACCAAGCUUCCAGGAUGAGGACGAGGAUUUGGGCUUUGGCAAUAACGCAAACAAACGUGAACGUCCAGCUGGAUCUGGGAGCAGUGAGAAAUCUGCCACGCCCGUAGAGGACGUCAAGAAAACAGAGGAAAAGAAAGAUGCCAAUCCGCCAGCGACGGCUUCGGCGGCACCAAGCUCUUGGUUGGGUCGAUUCUGGAAGCGUUCUGAAACAGCCCCUGGUCCUAUCAAGGCUAGUCUUGGAGAUCAAUCGGCUUUCUAUUACGACAAAGACCUCAAGCGUUGGGUAAACAAGAAGACUUGUCAGGCUGGUACUGAAACCACGCAGUCAGCUGCACCACCCCCACCUCCUUCAAGAGCACAGACAACCUCACCAGCGCGGGCAAGUGCUCCACUUCCUCAUGCCAAUGGUGCAAGUUCAGCACCUCCACCAGCCCGAUCUGCUUCGGUUACUGAUUUGAGCACAUCUCCCACUGCUAAGCCGCCCAUGCGAGUGCGUUCGAAUCUUGCUCCCACUGAAGCAACAUCUCUCCCAAAUACACCAGCGCCGCCAUCAACUCCCAUGACACCGAGUCGCCCACGCUCGCAAGCCACCAAACGCAAUGUACGAACCCGCUAUGUUGAUGUUUUCCAACAG